ACUGCACCCACUAGUGACACAAAUGAUAACUACUAUAUAUAAACACACAUUUAUGUAAACUGAAUACAAAUAAUUUUAGUUUGUUUAUAUAUAACAGAAAUUAAGUUUUAAAAAUGGUAAAAAAUUUUCUGUUGGCGAUAAAGAUAAUUUUAGUAACAUUUAUUGCUAGAAGUUCUGCGUUAUGGUGUUAUCAAUGUGUUUCUACCCAACCAGGUUGUGGAAACCCUUUUAAUUGGCUGUUUCAUUGGACAAAGGUUUGUCCUGAAGAUGAUGAUGUUUGUGUAAAAAUUCUUGAACAAAAAAAUGGUGAAACUAUUAUUACAAGAGACUGUUUAAGUUCUUUACAAGGACUUCGUACUGAUAUUCCAGCAGAUCAUUAUGAGGGUUGUCGCCCUGCUGCCGUGGAUGUAAAACUCGCAAAUUAUGUUAAUAAUUCAGUAAAAGAAUUGGAUAUUUACAGAAACUACUAUGACAAUACAACCUGGUGUUUCUGCUUCUUGGACCAUAGAUGUAACAGUGGCAUUUCAAUGGAAUAUUCAAUAACAUAUAUAGUGACAUGUUCAAUAGUAAUAUUUCAUCAACUUUUAUGAGGUUGAUUGUUGUUAUUUGUUAUAGAAAUUAGUUAACUUUUUUUAAUGAUAACUAUAAAUAUUGACGGUUUGUUAUGAAUUAGUGUAUUCACAAUUGUAGAAUUUUUC